AGCAGCCAAAAUGCCAGCCAAGGAAGUGAAUCCCGACCUGCAAAAGGAGCGCAAUACGGCUACCUUCAAUCCACAUGAGUUCUCCGUAUUCUGGGCGGGCGGAGAGGACAGAUACAAGGAGAAGAAGGCCCUAGAAAAAAUGUUUCUGGAGGACCCGGCCCUGCAGGAUGACCUACCCAUUUCAUAUCUAUCGCACAAAGAACUCUACGAACACAGUCUGCGAAAGGCCUGUAUUAUUGGAGAGAAGAUUCGCAAGCUCCGCGCUGAUGGCGAAGACGGAGUUGAUACCUACAAUGCCUUGCUUGGUGGAUCGCUGGGAGCUGCUAUUCUGAAGGAAGGAAAUCCAUUGGCACUGCACUACGUCAUGUUCGUGCCCACCAUCAUGGGCCAGGGCACCAUGGAGCAGCAAGUGGAGUGGCUGAGCAAGGCCUGGGACUGCGAGAUUAUUGGCACGUACGCCCAAACUGAGCUGGGACAUGGCACAUUCUUGCGUGGCCUGGAAACCCGAGCUGAUUACGAUCCCAAGACCCAGGAGUUUGUGAUAAACACACCCACUCUAAGUGCCUACAAGUGGUGGCCUGGAGGAUUGGGUCACACGGCAAACCAUGCUGUGGUGGUUGCUCAGCUCUACACCAAGGGCGAGUUCCGUGGCCUGGCGCCCUUCAUUGUCCAGCUUAGGGAUUCCGACACUCAUAAGCCCAUGCCCGGCAUCGACAUCGGAGAUAUUGGCACCAAACUGGGUAUGAAGGCAGUUAACAAUGGCUACCUUGGUCUAAAAAAUGUGCGGGUGCCUCUGAAUAAUAUGCUAAUGAAGAAUCAGCAGGUCUUGCCCGAUGGAACCUAUGUGGCACCCAAAAACUCAGUCCUCACUUAUGGAACAAUGAUGUUUGUGCGUUGUGCUCUGAUCCGUGAUACUGCCCAGAGUUUGGCCAAGUCCUCCACUAUUGCAACCCGCUACUCAGCAGUGCGCCGUCAGAGUCCCAUUGAUCCCAAUCAGCCGGAACCACAGAUCAUGGACCACACCACUCAACAGCUCAAGCUGUUCCCCCAGAUUGCCAAGGCUAUUGUGUUUAAAACCACCGGCGAUGGCAUCUGGAACAUGUACAACGUAAUCUCCGGUGAGAUCGAGCAGGGCAAUCUGGACCGCCUGCCUGAGAUGCAUGCUCUGUCUUGCUGCCUGAAGGCAGUUUGUAGCGCGGACGCUGCGGCUGGUGUUGAAACUUGUCGGCUGUCAUGCGGAGGACAUGGCUUCAUGGACUGCUCGAAUUUCCCAACGAUAUACGGCAUGACCACGGCUGUGUGCACGUACGAGGGCGAAAACACUGUUAUGCUGCUCCAGACCGCUCGCUAUCUGGUGAAGGUGUAUGGCCAAGCUCUCAACGGAGAGAAACUGGUGCCCACCGUGGCCUAUAUCAACGAAGCUCUGAGUCAACAAAAGUUUGUGAACUUUGAUGGCUCCCUGGAGUCUAUUGUGAAGGCAUUCCAAUUUGUAGCAGCCAACAAAACCCGAAUCGCUUAUGAGCAAAUAGAACUGCGUCGUAAACAGGGUCAUGGAACUGAGGUGGCGGCCAACCUAUGCGGUACAUUCUUGACGGCAGCAGCAGAUCUCCAUGCUCGUGCCUUCUUGGCUCAAUCUGCGUAUACGGAGCUCUUAGCAGUUUCUCGCGAAGUCUCGCCUGCUCUGGGAGAUGUUCUCAAAGUGGUAUUGGAGCUCUAUCUGGUGGAUGCUUGUCUGAACCGUAUUGGGGACUUUUUGCGCUUUAUUGAUCUUACUGAUCAAGAUGUCACUAAACUCGAAGUCCGUCUGGAGAGCUGCCUUAAGCGCUUGCGUCCGAAUGCUGUGGCCUUGGUGGACAGCUUUGAUCUGCAUGAUCGCGUUUUGGACUCCGCCCUGGGUGCCUACGAUGGCAAUGUUUACGAGCACAUCUUCGAGUCGACCAAGAAGAACCCGCUAAACAAGGAGCCCGUGAACGGAUCAUUCCACAAGUACUUGAAACCAUUCAUGAAGGCACACCUCUAAGUAGCCACUUAUUUAACCGGAGAUUACCUCCAACAUUAUUGUUACUAUUGUAAAUAUACCUGUAUGUUUGUAUUGUUCGCGUACUGAGCAACUAUUUGCUUAGCAAUGGUCUGAAAGACAAUUUGAUGUGAGAGACAGAAAGUUGUGGCUUGUGCUGUUGAAACUAGGCUGUAAAAAUAUACAACAAAUAAAUGAAAAACAUUUAGUGUA